AAUCUGAAAUAAGUCGUGUUUAAUCGUCCCUGAGAGUGCAUCCUCUGCUGAACCAGUCCCCUUCUUUUACACAAACUUUGCUUAUCUGUUCUUAUGAUAAAGUUUCCCCUUUCAAGUCACCAGUAUCACUUCCAGGGAAGAACAGACAACACAACAACCAUCAACUCUUUUUCGUAGAUGGAAAGAGAUGAGUGUUUAGGUGACAACCCUUCUCUAAAGAAAACAAGUGGUUGCCCUUGUUGCAUCAGAACAGCACCAAGUUUAGAUGCACAAGCAUCUGACUCAACAAAUGGCUUAUUCAAAUCUGGGAGGGUUGCCCUUGUUACUCUUUUUAAAACCCAAUUUCACUUUUUAAGUCUACACAAAUCACAAAUAAAUUGAAUUGAAAAUAGCUUUGGUCAAACAUCGUAAACCAACCUGGAAACUUCAUUUUGGUACGGAGCCGAUGUAGUUUUUAUGCUCCCACUUGAGAUAGACUUCAUUUUGGUACGGAGGGAGUAUAAUUUUUAUUCUCUCGCUUGGGACAUUGUAAAAUCAUGUAAACAUAAAUGAAAAGUUAAGGUGAUAGCUACGAAUGAUUUUAUUGAUAUAUGACAUCAUCCUCAUGACAACAACGAACGACAAAAACAUGUUGUGUAUUCCCACUGGUGGGGUAAGGGGAGAGUAGGAUGUAGAAAGACCUUACCUCUAUUCUCAUGGCAUCACUAUAAUAACUUCAUCAUCUUGAUUAGUGUAUAUAAAUGGCUAUAAAUAUACCUCAUUUGUACAACUCAAAAUCGAUUUGAAUAUAGAUUUAUCUGUUUCCACAUAAAUGUUCUUUUAUUCUUAUAUACUCCGUAUAUUGCUACAAUGUUAUUGGAUUGCAUGUAUGUUUAUUUCUCGUUGUUGCUUUUCAUUAACCUUUGUUUUGGAUAUUUUAAUGCAUUGACACGAUUUUUUCUCAAAUAGGUGGUUUGGGGUACAGUUGAAUCCUCAAUUCAUGGGCAUUGAUCUGAAAUUUUUCUUUGUUAGAGCCGGAAUGAUGGGAUGGUUGCUUAUUAAUCUUUCAAUUCUUGCUAAAUGUAUUCAAGAUGGAAAUUUAAACCAAUCAAUGGUUCUCUACCAGAUAUUUAGUGGACUGUAUAUUAUUGACUACUUUUUCUAUGAGGAAUUUAUGACCUCCACGUGGGAUAUAAUUGCAGAGAGAUUAGGGUUCAUGCUGGUUUUUGGUGAUCUAGUUUGGAUCCCUUUCACCUUCAGUAUUCAGGGUUGGUGGCUUUUGAGAAACAAAGUGGAGCUAACAACACCUGCUGUAAUUGCCAAUUGUCUUGUUUUCUUGAUUGGGUAUCUUGUGUUUAGAGGAUCAAACAAGCAGAAGCAUCUCUUCAAAAAGAACCCUAAAGCUCCAAUAUGGGGAAGACCUCCAAAAGUUGUUGGGGGGAAGUUACUGGCUUCAGGCUAUUGGGGAAUAGCACGACACUGUAAUUACCUCGGGGAUUUAUUACUUGCCCUCUCCUUUAGUUUACCGUGCGGAAUAAGCUCUGCAGUUCCAUACUUUUAUCCUAUAUAUCUUCUAAUAUUGUUAAUAUGGAGGGAGAGAAGAGACGAUGCUCGGUGUGCGGAGAAGUACAAAGAGGUUUGGAAAGAAUACUGUGAGAUUGUCCCUUGGAGGAUAUUGCCUUAUGUUUACUAAGGAGUUGUUCGCCAUUAUGUUAUUCUUUGAAACAUCAAACGAUUGUAAACCUGAUUAGUUAUGAUUUUGUGAGUGCAGCAAAGUUGAUCAAAAUGUAGUCCCAUUUGUAGUUUCUCAUCUUUUGACUGAUUUAUUCAUUGCAAGCAUGGAUUUUGCUCUGCAUUCCAUACUCUGGAUUAAUAAUAUUUAAAACCACGU